CUUAGACGGCGUCGUCUGUGCUCCUCGUAAGUCUGUCGUGUAGUGAACCACAAAGGCUCUCGUCGCAUAAUGGCUGGCGGAAAGGCGGGCAAGGACUCUGGCAAAGCGAAGGCGAAAGCGGUCUCUCGUUCGGCGAGGGCCGGCUUGCAGUUCCCUGUUGGCAGAAUUCAUAGGCAUUUGAAAAACAGAACCACAAGUCAUGGUCGAGUCGGUGCUACGGCGGCGGUGUACAGUGCAGCUAUCUUGGAGUACCUAACUGCCGAGGUACUUGAAUUGGCAGGGAACGCAUCAAAAGAUUUGAAGGUGAAACGUAUUACACCAAGGCAUCUUCAGCUUGCUAUUCGCGGUGACGAAGAAUUAGAUAGUCUUAUUAAAGCAACUAUUGCGGGAGGAGGUGUUAUUCCACAUAUCCACAAAUCGUUGAUCGGAAAGAAGGGUUCGCAAAAGCCAGCAUAAUUAGUGAAUCAUUGAAGAACAUUUCAAGCUAUGUAGGAAAAGCAGAUGCAGAAGCAAGCAGAGUGAUUGUUGACAAAGUGUACCUAUGUUACUAAAUUGAUGGCGAGACUGGCGUGAUAUAUUUAUAUAUAUAUACACACAUAUAUAUAUAGAUAUAUAGAUAUAUAUAUAUAUAUAUAUAUAUAAAUAAAACAAAUAUUGAUAUAAUUUAAUAUAGGUAAUGAGAAUUAAAGAAAGGACAAAUUUUUACCACGCAAUUGGCAUUCAGAAAGGGAAAAAAAGUAAUGUUAGGUUCGAAAUAGAGAAAAAUUUUAGUGUACACUACUACGUCUGCAACUAUUUGACGAGCGAUGCGUUGUAGCAUCGCUUGUUCAAGACUGCAGAAAUCCUCGAUACGUUACAUGAAUACUGAACAUUUUGAAAGUUGGAGUAUUUAAGGACUUGGAUGUGUCGAAUUGUUUAUAGUUUGUUCGGAGUUUAUCUUUCGUUCCGUUACUAAGUCGAUGGAUGUUCCAAAUUUGUCUCCUUUAUUUUUUAAAUUGCUGCGUGGUAUUAACGCCGUUUUUCUUAAAAUUUGCUAUUCAGCGAUAGCAGAAGCUGUUAUUCCGAAAUAAUAUUGUAUACAUACAAGUAUUACGUAGUUUUUAUUUCAAAAAAAGUUUCUUGUACUUUUCAAUAUUUAACGUUUCCAAUUUUUACUCGCAUCUAGAUGUCUAAUACUCUACGAAUGAGGAUACAAGUGAAAAUAAAUACGUAAUCAUUCUUGUUAUUAAAUACUCUUGACUGUCUUACAGCGAUAAAUAACAUGUAUAAAUAUGUUUAGAGUAAAUUUUUAAUUUUUGAUAAUUUCUGUUCGAAAAGUUCGUUUUGCCAAAUACCUUCGAUUAAAUUUUUCAAGUUUUCAGUCCUCACAAUAUUAAUGUAAGUAUACAGGGUGGAGUGCUGAAAAAUAUAUAUCCUAUAGUAUGAAUUGGGGGAUAUAUUAAACACGAAAAUUGCAUGACCAGAAAUAUCAUUUUUCUUAGCAGAGUCGGUCUUCGUAUCCAAGUUUUUAAUAAAUACUUUAACAGAAGAAGAGCUAAAGACAAAUACAGCGCUAUAUAUUUAUGUGCUGUUUAUUUAUGAACGCGUUAGUUAAUAUUUAAUGCGAGAUAUUUGUUUAUAUUCGUAUUAUUGUUUUAUUUGGCUAUGUGCGAACUAUUGAACCUUUGUUAUCAGUUGAAAUUCAAGUUUGUUUGCGCCAAAUAUUUAAAUUCACGAGAAAGCUGUGGCGGGGUUGAUUUUUCUUCAAGUAUUAAAAACGCAAAUUUUAUUUAAAAGAGAGCUCCCUGAUCUUAAGAACUGGGAAACGAUCGAGGAAGAAUGAUUUUUCUUUCAUCAUAUGUUCCUCUAUUCAAACUGAGUAAUAUGUGUUACUAAUAUUCCGUAGAUACUUUUUUUUUAGAUUCUCCACUCUGUGUAAGAACAUUUUAGGAACUAUAGUUUUUUCAAACAUUGUUUCUCCUAACGUCGUGAAAAUUGAUGUCACUUACGAACUAUAAUUAGCGAAUUCUGAACGAUUCAGCUGACCCGAACUUAUAAUUAACCGUUUCGGUACGGGAUCAUCGAUUGAUCAUGCGUUCGUUAUGGCCUCUGGCAUCGAUCGGUCGCUACGAAUAAUUUAUUAACGUUCUAAUAGAUCGGACACUCGUACCGAAAGACGAUUUAUACCUAUAGUGGGCUAAAACUUACGAGACUGGAACCUUUGAAACGUGAUAAGCUUUUACUCUCGUGAAAAAUAUUUCGGCAUUAGAAAAUUUAUAACGCGAAACAUCAUAAUCUCUGUUCUAGUAGUGUUCUAUUAAUGUAAAAACCAUAGUAGAAAAGUUUAACCAGUCUGAAACGUGCAAGCGGUAUAUAUGUUUUUAAGAAAAGUAAAUUUACUUUCUCUUUGAUUUUGUUCGCACGAUUUUUCAUUUUAUUCUUCAUGAAAACUGUUAAUCGUGUCAUUUAGUGUAAUUUUCACUGUAUCUACGGGUAUUGUACCGUAUAUUAAAUACCAGCUAUGUGUAAAACGUUCAUUUUCAUAAUAAAGAAAAGUUUUACUAUUGAGUAUCGUCCAAUCACUGAUAAAAUGAAUAUCGAGACUCGAGGGAAAAUUGUAUACUAAUUUGUAUUUCGUGCCUUCUUUGAAAAUCGUUAAGUUAACUUUAAAGGUAAUAUAUUAUUGAAAGGCUGUUACACAACGAAUGAUUUUUGUAAAUGCAUCAUUGUACAUU